AAAACAAAUAUUUCCGAUGAUCUUAGGAACCAAGACACCGCUCCUCUAUCAGUCUCCAGGCGGGUCCGCCCACAUGCAGAUACGCCCAUAUUUCCCUGGACCGCAAUGUGUGGGCGGGCUGACAUGCCGCCCCUGUCAUCUGGCCACACCCCUGGGAUCACUCAACAGCUCCGCCUCCUCCUCUCUGGUGAUUGGCCGCUAGAACUGGAGCUCAGGAGAGGCACACAGGCGGCCAAUCACUGGCGAGGAGGAGCCGAGUGGCAGAGUGAAGGUCAAAGAAGAUCGAGUGAGGGAGCGGCCGGAGAAGGAAGACAGCUGACCGGUAAGUGUCUGUACUGUGCAAGGAUGGUGCUGCUGCAGCCAGGUAUGCUGGCUGUAGAUGGGAGAGGGAGGAAGUGAGCCCAGGCUGGAGCAGGGGUCAGCAAGGUAAGUAUCAUUGGUGUCAGUGGGAG